AAAGGAGCAAAAAGUAAGGUGAGUAUAAAGUUUCUGUCUCCCUUUUUAUGUAAGUUUUAAUCUUAAUAUGUAUGUCCUGCAUCAAAAUUUCCACUGUGUUAAGCUAAUAUAUGGUGAAAGUAAACUAAAUCACAAACUUGUUUAAAAUAUAUAGUAAAGUAGUUUUUUUUGUGAUCAGAUAGCUAACUGAAAUUUGCGGAUUCACUGAACAAUGGCUAAUUUGAAUGAAAAAAAAUCUUAACAAGGUGGAAAUUCUACGUGUUCCGACUGAGAUACAAAUCCGGGUUAAGUCAGUAACAUAGGAACGCAAAUUAUCAGUGUGACAAGUGGAUAUUAAUUGUGCUAUAUCAAUUGCAUUGUGUAUUUUCACCGACUAAUGUCAAGAGACCUUUUAUCAAGACACCUGGGAACUGUUUUAAAUGGUAAAAAAAUGGAUUUGCAUUUUAAGGCUCCUUUAAGGGGUGUUGGAUUUAAUUCCAACGGUUUCUCUUUAAUGAUUUAGUUUCAGUGUAUGACACGCCCCUGUAAUAUGAAUUCCCUCCUGAGAUUUCUUUGAGGAGAUCUGAUUCCUUUAAACACUAGUUCGUAAUGAGUAUAUAUCAAAUUAACUGAUUUAAAGCUGUUGUGUCCAACGCCACGGUAUAAAUGUGUGUGCUUGUUGCAACGUCUUGACUGGAUGGGAGCAAAGUGGACUAAAUAUGUAACUACUGCACUUCCCACUGCUGAGUGAAAUCAUUGUGCACUGAGUGAAUAACUUUGGAUUUGGCUGCAGUCAAAUAUUUUCCAUUAGCAUGUGUUGAAUGGUCAAAUGAUUGAGAUUUAAAGCUCAUCUCAUGAGGUAUUAGGAGAGAGACAGUUGUCCAGGCAACCUCGUGUGGCUCAUCACGAGUCUUCUGCCAACAUAAAUACAUGCAAUGAAUUGACCACCAAUUCAGCAUUGGUUUAGUGCGAUAUACAGAACUCUACCUGUAGUUAAAGAUCCAGACAUUAAAAGACAAACCUGUCUCCUCAUAUUGCACAAGAGCAGAGUUCACAAGCAGCCUGUGUGUGACCUGUUGAAGUUAGAUGGUCUGUAGCAACCUUUGACCUGUCCUCCCUCCACCUAGAUCGAGAAUGAAUACACACACUCACAUUCGCAUUGAAUCUAAAGGGUCAACUUUAAGAGAAUGCCCAAAAUGCUGUCAUGAAGUAUGUGGUCCAUACAAUGUGCUUUAUAUUAUUUGCUUUUCCUUCUUCCCUGACCAAGCAGCUAAAGCAAUGCCUAUCAGCUUCAGAUAGUAUGCUUCUAUAUAUAGACGGGCCUUGUGACUUAGCUGGCCCUAAGUGUCAGAUUCCAGUCGCACUCAUCCGUUCUGGCUGGAUCAGCACCUGCUGCUAACUAUAAACCCACCCGGCCCGAUGUUCACAAGAAAGCCAAUGCCCGCCCGCACAGCUCAGCUUGAAGAAGAAAAGUGAGGAGCCAGGGUGGACUCAGAAGGCACUUUGACCAAGGCCAACUCAAAAGGGAGGGGCAGAAAUGGAGACAGGAGCACUGGAGGAUGCAACAUGUUGGCGAGAGAUGCCCCUCAUGGCUUUUUUAUAGUGUAGCCUGAUCCAUACCACGGCACUGACCUAAAGCAGUGAGGCUCAGUCACAUUUGGGCUUUACAAAGCUGCUCGUUUUCAUUUGGUGAACUCUUUGAGACAUGAAGAGUCCCGUGGAUUUAAGAGACACUUCACUGGAUGACUGGCAGAUAUUGCUGUACAGUGGAACUUGAUGCCCAUUGGAAAAGACCCAUCUUUGGCCAAAGUCCAGGAAGACACCCAAGAGCAAACUAGAAGAGACACACUGGGCGGCCACGUUGAGACUUUGGUGCUUGUGGACUAGUGAUGGACAGCUGGACUCUUCAGGGGGACAGCUACUCAUUGCUGCACAGUGCACCCUGCAGACCAUUUACCUUGUGCCAUCGGGACGGCACCCCUAACCACGUUGAAAUAUUUGACAUCACAAGUUCUCCAAGUCAACGCAGUGCCAUCUCUGAGACCACUUGCCUGUGUGACAUAUUUGGGGAUGACUGUGAGUCACCCUCGGCCUCCAGCAACGCUGCGGUAGGAUCGUUUGUCCAUUCCCAAACCGAGGUGGAGAGGACAACGGUCGUAUCACCCCUGGUGGAUGAUUUGAACGACUCCUCAGGCUCGUACCACACAGCUCCAGGCUCCACUGAAGGAGAAGAGGGGUUUGAAGACCUAACAGAGAGGAUUUACAGCCCUGCACUGCAGGGUGAGUCCACUGAGUGUGAGCAGCUUGAGCAAACCAUAGUGAGCUCAGAACUUUCUAAAGAUAGUAGCUCAAAUUUUGAGUUGAAAAGUAAAUCACCCAUUCCUCAGCUAAACGCAGCAGGCCCUUUAUCUGAAUUUGACAACACUGACUUUAGGGAGAGGACCCCUUCUCCUGGACACAAUAGUUCCUCUAGCCUCUGUUCACAGGAAACAUUUUUGUGUUAUUCCUCUGCUGAGACGAGCUGUUCUCCGCCAUUACUUCAUCCAGGAUGUGAACAAGGGAGACUCACCCCUGUGUUAAAAAGCACAAUAAAUAACAGCUUGCCACAUCAAUUUCUAACUCAAAGUCCUUCCUGUGAGCCCAUGAACUGCAGCACCUCAUCCUCCUCAGAAUCAGUCAAUACCCAAUCUCAGCUGAAAGAAACAGAACCUCAGCCAAGGAGCACACACCUUAACAAAAACAUCAGUGCAUCACCUGGCCCCACACACACUGAUUAUGCUUCUCAAUCUUCAAAUGUAGAGUCCGUAGCUGCCCUUUCAUCUCAUUUGCCUUCCUCUGGAUAUACAGAAUCCCAGUCAGGAAAAGCGCUGCUCUCUUCUGAGCUGAAUUAUAGUUCCUCCUUAGCUGACACGCAAGCAUCAUCUCCUUUAAAUAAGCUGAGAGGAAGGGUCUUCCUGCCUGAUCUUUUGAGCAGAGGCUCCACGCCAGAUGUAGAAAUAGAAAAGUCUCCCCAUAGCUGUGAGUCGACAAAAGAUCUCAGUACAACAGAAAUCAACUUUAAAAGUUCUCAAUUUGGUACAAACAUCCCAACAGCUUCCCCAAGAUACACCCCCCCCUCCCCUGUUAUAUCAGUGAGCCCAUCUCCUGUGGAUAGUGGUGUUGUGCCUGAAUUAAAGCACACUUCUCCAUCACCUGACCUGCUGAGUGCACCAUCAGCACUCCACAAGAGUGGGUCAAGAACUUCCUCACCUGGACUCUCAAGCCAUAGUUCAGCAUUUUCUGAAGUAAUCACAGAGGCCUGUUCAUCUGUGAUCAAUUAUAGUUUAUCUCCAUCUCCUGGGAUCAAAAGCACCUGUUCUUCCAUCGAGAGCACAUGCACAGCUCCUUCGCCUGAGAUCAGGAUCACAGCAUCUUCACCUGAGAUCAAAAGGAGAGACUACAUCUCUGAAGAGCAAACAAUACCAGACUCUCCUCUUUUCGAGAGUGCCCCAUCAAGGAGUCUCACUUCCUCCCCUCACAUCACUGGGAUAUCUUAUCCUGCAGUUCGAUCUGAGGAGGGGAUCACUCCCCCGCUUCCUGAGCUCUGUCGUCUCCCCACGCCUGGGUCUGAUAUUACACGUACAUCUCCUAUGAGAAGGAGCACCUCCCCUAGUAAAGCAGGUACACCACAAUACUCUUCUCCUGUAUCAGGCUUCUCAGGCUCUGAGCUACACACUGAAAUAACUCAUUCCAGGUCACGCACAUCUUCACCUCAGUCAAUGCGUUGCACUCCCUCACCUGAGUUGAGAUACCAAAGUCUAAAUUCUUCAUCUGAGCUCAGAAGUAGAGAUCCAUCACCUGCUACACCCUCUCUAGCGAACAAAUAUAAUCAACAUUCACUAUCAACACUCUGCUCUAAGUACAACGCACAUUAUUUACAGCCUACUCCUCCCUUGGAGACAUCUGAGGGAGUUACCUCCUCCUUACCCAACCAACACAUAGAGUUGGAAACACAGGGAGUUCAACGUGCAUUUGAAUUGGAUAAAGAAGAUAAAGCAUCUGAAACCAAAAGCAGUUCCCCUGUUGUGCUAAUUCAGUCGCCAGUAUCUAAUUUACCUUUCUUAACUGAGGAAAAGGUUGACCAUGCAUUGAUUCAACAACACCCACAGGACAAACUUACACAAAACAAAGUACCUGUUGCUGGUUUGGCAUCCUUCUCUGCGGAAAAUCUAGACACUGGCCCUAUUAAUCAUUUUAAUAGCCCUACCAUUAAAUGUAAGUCAUUUCCUCCAAAUUGUCUGUUUACUAAUAAGGGAAGGGCUCAUCGUAUUUCUAACAAGGCUAAAUCACUGCAAAGAGAAGAAAAAAGACUGAAUCAACACACAUAUAAUUCUUUUAAAUCAAAUUUUACGUCUGAUCAUUCAAGACAAAAACUCGGUGAAAGAGCAAGGUUUGCGCAGAACAUGGCCCACCAUGUCAACAGGAGAAAAACUCCCUCUCCCCCAUUAACCAGAUUUACUCCUGUACACAUUAUAGCACCUGAAAAACCACGCCGACAGUGGCAGAACAGAUGCCACUCUGACUUUGUAGCAUCCUCACAGGGUGGUUAUUUAAAGAAGACUGUCUCAAAUAGGGAAAGCCCCGACAUUGUCCCUCCUGAUAAUAAUAGUCAGCUCCACAGUGUCCAACUUGGGAAGCAAUUGGAAGUGGAGAGGAAAAUGCAGCUGGAGAAGAAGAGAGAAAGGGAAAGGGGGAUAGAGAGAGAAUAUCACAGGGAGGGGCGGGAGAUUGAAAAAGGGGAGGAGUGGCAAAAGGAUGUCAGUUACAGGGAACAGGUUGAGCUGUCAUUCAAUCCCAAGAAUAGAAAAGGGCCUGCAAGUCACAGUACAGCUCCCACAAACACAGAGAGCUGUCAGGGACUGUCAACAGUGCAUUCCUAUCCAGAGAGUUUGCUUACCACCAGACAGCCACAGGAACAGGAAAGUCGACUUAAACUUGCUUCUCAGCGAGACAAGAGUGGUGGUCCACCCCGGCGAUUUCAGAAUCCUGCACUACAGAACAAGUUCAGUCCUCGAUCGGUCACAAACAGGCCUGGCCGGAGUUCAAGCUCUAGCAUGGGGAGUGAGUUGGAUGAGGCAGACAAUGAGGUGAAGUGGCUCACAGACGUGGCUUUUCGUAGCCUGUCCAGCCCUGAGGUAGAUUACCUUGAUAUGUAUAACUCCAGUCACCGAUCAUCUACCAACAUCUCCCAGCCCUCUACUCAGGAGAGCCCAGCUGGGAUCAUUGGUGCCUGGGCGACCUAUGCUGAUUUCAGGGGUUCUGCUUCAAAGCUGGACAGUGAUGACCUCUCAUUCCAGCAGCAGUCUCUGUACCAUUCUGAUGGAAUUGAUCCAGCCCGGUGCUAUGAGAUGGGAAGCUUUGAGUGUAUAGAUGUGGCUGUGGAAAGAGAAGACACUAGGAAUUUCAGAAGAGGAGUACCAAAGAGACAGAUCCAGCUGAAGAGAAAGGAGCGCGUGGAUGACGGCAGUGAAAAUACCAGUCCUGGACUCCCUGCGAUGGAGAACAGCCCCUCACUUGAAAGGCAUUCCAAAGAGGCAUUGUUGAGACAGUAUAGUACACCAGCAGCUGGCCAGGAAGGCUAUGGUGGGCACGAUGGUGGGCACCAUGAUAGAAAAGCCAAACUUCAAAAAUCUAUUUCUCUGGAUGAAACAUCCUCUAAGACAAAGAUGGCCACUUGCCUUAUCAAGAGUGUUUUGUCCAAGAAGAUGCAAAGUGCUGAUAAACAACUCCAUGAUCCAGAUGGAGAUGAAGUGAACACCACUUUUGGUCAAAAUAACAUCUAUGAGGAGAACCAUGAAUGUGACAAAUUAAAUUCCUCUCUGUGCUCUAACUACAGUAAUCCCUGUGAAGAUUUUGCUAUGAAAGAAGAACAAAGCCAAAGAGAUGACAUCAGACCUCCAAAGAGCUAUGGAGAGAAAUCCAACAGACCGAGUUCAAACAGCAGAAUUAAAAUUUCUAACCUUUCACACACUGACAACCAACAGUGGGGUUCUCAAGACUGCAAUACAAGCGCAACAUCUGAAAUAAGAUCCAAACUUAGAGUGCCAUCGGAUAGCUCUCAGUCAAUAGGUGGAAUACAACAUGUAGAUGACAGUAAAACAUGGCAGGGAAGAGAGAGUGGAGACUCAGCAAAUACCAUUGCCGGGAACAAAGGAGCUCCUUCUGCUCUCGGAGCCUUCAGCACACAGACCAGGAUGACAAGCCAACAUCAGGAAUGUGAAAACACAGAGGUCCAUAAACAACUGCAACAGGGUGACAAGAGCCGCCACAUGACACAGGAGAAUAGACUUCAAGGGGGCAAGAAAAAGAAAGCAUCUCUCAAUGUCUGCCUUACACCGGAAGCAGAAAACAAUCGAGACAAAUCUUCACCAGAUAUGCAUUUCAAACAGCAGGAGGAAAAGGUCAAAGAGACCAAUGUGGAUCUCCAAACAGAGGAAGAAAAUAGGAGUGAGGAUAACAAACUGAAGGGCCCCAUCCACAAAGUUAGAGACGUUAGGAGACUUGUAAAGAAUACAUAUAAUCUGUCUUUCAAAGCACCCAGUUGUGUAUCACCCUCAGAUAUCACUGAAGAAAGGAUUGGACAUUUGGAUGAGACAAACAAGAAUGAAAUUAAAGAGAAUGUGAAAGAAAAUCUCAAGGGAAGAACAGUGGAGUUAUGUGAGGAAAGGACAAAUAAGUGUAUGGGGGAGAGGAAAGAGGCAAAAAAGGUGGAGGGGAAAGAUGAAAAGUUGUCUACGUUACCCUCAACUCUGCAGACUGAAGGGAAGCCUCUAUCUCAACUACAACCAAUGCAAAUACAAUGCAAGGCAGUUUGCUUGAAAGAUGACAAAAAUAAAAUACAAAGCCAUAAAGAUAUAGGGAACCACGGUGGCAAAACCUUGGGCUCUACAAACACAGAGCAAGACAAGAACCCCUCUAAAACAGACACAGAGGGGGGGAUGCAGGAACCAUCAGCUAGAGGAACAACUACCAAAUCGCAGCAACGCAAUUUUAAUAUGGACGCAGAAUCACUCAAGACAGACAGUGAGGAAAGGUCUGUUCUGGUAGGAACAGACACAAAAGAUCCCAUGCUAGGAAGUCUCCCCAAACUGCCCAGUAAGGAAAGAGAAGUUUCCACUGCUGUUGUGUUGAUAAGAGAUGGAUCCAGCCAAGCAAAAACAUGUGCACCACUUACUCAGGAAGAGGUCCCCACCCUUCUCCAGGCCGCAUCCUCACCUGAGAUCACAACCACUGGCAGCACCCCAAGCAGUAGUAGUCACUCGGUUUCCAUGUUAUUAAAGGAGAAAGGCUACCGAGCUGACAUCGGAGCAGUGGUGGGUGAUAGCCAGAAUAGAACUGGAGGAAAGGGGGUACCACAUAAACAUGUGAACUGCUUGGAGAUCCCUCUACAGAUGCCUUCAGAUGAUGGAGCUGAGCCAAAUCGAGAGGAAACAUUCUCUGCUUCGUCCACUGUGCCCAGCCCUUCGUUGGUGUCUGACUAUGUAGAUAAACCCCCAAAGAGCAGAGACAAAGAGGGGGGUUGCAUCAAGGAAAAAACAAUCAGCCCACAAGGAAAUCCACCAGACCAACUUUCAACUCUAAACAAACACAAGGAACACACAGAUUUUGAAGUAAUGAAAAGACAGGACCCAACUUUCCACCCGAGGUCACCUGCGAUAAGAAGAUUCAAACCUCAGCCAAUUGAGGUAAAGUCCCUUUCUAAAGAGACACCAAAGCAAGAGAUGAUCACAAAAAGCCCUAUAAACAGGCCGCAAACCAUCGAAGUUAAAUCAAUUGCUAAAAAUUCAGAAAAGCCAGCCGUACCCCCAAAACCAACUUGCAAAUUUAAACCUGCAGAUUUAGGAGCAAAGACUAAUGAAGUGCCUGCAUCAGCUAUGCCAAACGUAAAACCUCAGAUUGAGGAGAGGCCUCAAACAAUAGUAGUGUCAUCCCCCACAAUCUACAGAAAGAUCCCCAGUGAGUCCUCCUCGAUGUCUAACCAAACGAGAAAAUUAGCUGUCUCUGCUGUAUCCAGCCUUAAACCCCCACCAAGCAAAAUAACAAAAACGACAGUGUCGAGUGUCACUAACCAGACUGCAUCAUCAUCAGGCACAGAGGCUUCCAAAACCCAACAGCAGCACCCAUGGACAGCGCAUGUGAGAUUGGCACAUGCUACAACUGCAACAUCCAUUCCUUUGCCAAGCAUUCCCUCAAUCGAGGGUCCAAAUUCUGAUCCGGUACCAAAACAUGUGCCUGAACCAUCUUCUACAGAACCCAGACAUACAAGCCAACCCGUUGUUGUGGAGCAAAACCUGCAUGAAGCAGCUGUGACAACAUCUUCAAACAAUCCCAAACCACCUGCUGCUGUCUCCACAACACAAGCCCUAGGAUACACACAUCAGCAAUACUGUCGGUCAUUAUCUAGUGAACACACCCAAAGGGCCGGUGACCCGCAUUUUUAUGCCUCUGAUGACCCUCCAAGCUAUGAUGAAAGAGAGAGCUUUAGUCCCCUCAUGCCAGAUUUGACUCACCGGCGUUCAAAUCGCUAUCAAAAUCGCUCCUACCCUCCUUCUUGCUCCUGUACAGCUGGCUGCCCUCCACAGCCAGCUCUCCCCCCGCCUGCACCCCAUCAUCACCACAGCCCACACAACCUCACCCCACCAGCGCCUCCACACUCCCCAGGUCAUGUGUUACCAUACCAGGCCUCCCAACCUCUUGUCCGUCCCCACCAGUGCAGAGCUGAUCCUCAACCCAUGAGCUUCCAGCCCAGCUCAUCACCAAAGCCAAGUCCUCACGGUCCAAGCCAUCCGCCCACCAUGUACCAGCCUCUUCACCUGCCUCCCCCAUGUCCUCCCCACCCCUCCCUCAUGCCAGUGGACCGCACCAUGCCCUCUGACUCCCGGCGGCUCCCUCCCCAUAGAUCCCCCCAGCAGCACCAGCCACCAAGCAUGCCAGGUGCUCCUUAUAGUGAUCCUAUCCACAGCCACUCCCCUGGCCUCGCUCCCAUGGAGCACCAAUACAUGUGUGGGCAGUAUGGCUCAGAGUAUGGGGGUGACACCUCCAGCUUGUACUCAGAGAGCAGCUAUGGGCCGACACCUCGAAGAGUCCUGCUUGAUCCUGAAACAGGGAAAUAUUUUUAUAUCGAGCUGCCUAUGCAGCCCUUAAGGAAGAUGUUGUUUGACCCAGAAACUGGCCAGUAUGUGGAGGUUCUCAUCCCCCAGCAAGGCGUGUCUCACUCAGGCCUUUAUCCUCCAUCAGCAGCCCCAUACACAUCUCUCCACAACACCAAUAUGUAUGGCUCAGCGCCACAGUACAUGCCCUUUUCCGCUCCCCCUCCCACUGCUCAUCCCCAGGCUCAACACCAGCCACCACGAUAUCCCGAGGCUUUAUCUGCGGCGACAAUGCACCCAAAUGGGCUUAGUGGUAACUACAGGAGUUGUUCUGGUCAGGGAUCCAAACCAGAUGCCACAAGCCAUCUGCCGCUGGAUCAGAACUACCUGGAGGGUAUGUAUUAUGUUCCUACAGGGAUCAAUGCAGGCUCCAAUACCACCCUGCCAGUCUACUACCAUAAACAUCCACCCAGCCUUCCCCCAUCAGGGGGGAAAAAGUCCUGAAAUAGCGGACAUGGGCCGUCUUGCUGGAGCCUGUUUAGUUUUAAAUACACACUGUAUAAAGUGAGUGCCUAAUGUUAGCUUGUAAUGUUUGAGUUUUCAUGUUGCAAUUGAAGACAGCAAUUCAGUUGUUUUUAUUCACUGCCUCUUGUUGUCUGCCAAGCUGCUAUAUUAGAAUAAGAAACAGUUUUUUUAGAUGACGCUUUUUAAAACCUGAAUGUGGGGGGUUUGGGGGGGGUCUAUAUUAGAAUUACCUAAACAGAUCCACAAAUACUUUGUCAUUUUUGAUACAAGACACUUUCAACUGCCAAAAUGCUAAAUCAAAACAGGUACCUAUUGUGUGUACUCGAACAAUGAAAUGUUUCCCCAAAAAGAACCUCAGUUACUUUGUCAGUGUAUUUCUUUACAAAUAGAAGUUUGACUAUGCCAAUAAAACAUGUCAUGUCA